AUGGGUGGGGCCCUGGUGUAUGAACCAAAACAGAAGGUCUUCUACACAUCCAAGACCUACUGCUUUGCUCUGGAUGUUACAAUUAAAAAAAAAGAAGCUGAAUUUCAGAAGCUCCGUGCUGAAAAUCAGAGGAAGGAGGCCGGCCUGCAGAAAAUGAUGGAGCAGCUGGAGAAGAACGAGCAGGCGGAGUUGAUCUGUUCACAUCAGCCAAUUGUAGCCCUCGCUGGUGAUGAUGUCAUUCUAUCAUGUCUCCUUGAACCUGCCAUCAGUGCCAGUUUCUGGACCGUGGAGUGGACUAAACCUGGCUUGGACCCAGAGUACAUCCAUGUUCACCAAGAUGGACGACUGGUACAUCAGAGUCAAAACCCAUCGUACUAUUUUCGUACGAGACUGUUUGUGGAUGAACUGAUAAAUGGAAAUGUUUCCAUGAAGAUCUUCACUGUGAAAAUCUCUGAUGCAGGGAAAUACAAAUGCUUCCUUCCCUCAAUACAGACACAAGGUUUCAUCCAACUCAUUGUUGGUGCUGUCUCUACACCUGUCAUAAAGGUUAUUUCUGAUAACAGCAGAGUGGUGUUACAGUGUGAGUCUAAAGGCUGGUAUCCAGAGCCUGAGGUGUUUUGGCUGGACGGUGAGGGAAACCUCCUCUCUGCUGAACCUACAGAGACAGUCAGAGGUCCUGAUGACCUCUAUACUGUCAGCAGCAGAGUGACUGUAAAGAGACAAAGCAACAAUGUCACCUGUAGAGUCCAACAUAACAGCAGCAAUCAGACCAGAGAGACACACAUCCAUGUUCCAGGUGAUUUCAUCAUGGUCCACAAUGAAGCUCUUGUUCACUGGAUUGCUCACUUCCCUCUGGUCAUCUUUGUUGGUGUUGUACUAUGUCGUCAGACCCGGGCUGUGUUCAGACAGUACAAGAAGAAGAGAUAA